AUGACAGCCGAGCGCCCCUUGCUCCCCCAGAUCCCCUGGAGGUAUGGCUCGCUGGACCAUGUUUAUGGAUGUCAUGGUAGUCCCGACAUAGGACAAUCGGAUAUAGCACAGUACUCAGGGAUCAUUAAAGUAAUGCCUGGCCAUGUGCAAAUUGUUGAGAAACGUCCCAAUUUCUAUCCAGCACUUCUCACCGACAUCAAUGACGAAACACCAAGCCAUGACAUUGUCGUGGCUGGCAUCUCUCCACAAGCAGUCUUACUCGCCCGAACCACCCGGCUUACGGCGUGCCAGAAAUGCAUCUCGGAUGUAGCCUUCAAGAUUAUGCAGAUAAUGUCUGUAUCAGGUAGUUUUGACUGUGCUGAUCCGCUAGUGCGCUUAUACAUCUUUGUACCAGCACUAGAAGUGACCGCAUAUCGAGAGGUGGCCACAGUUCCCUCGGUAGAACAGGUCAUGUCUGACCUCACGAUGGCCUUCAAUCAGUCCCGUGGCCAUCAAUGGGAUGUCUAUGUGUGUCAAUACUUUCCCGGGCUAAAUAUGCCACUUCUUUUCGAUUGGCAACUACACAUAGGAGCCACCAGAACCGAGGUUGACCAUUAUGACCGUGUGAACAUGGAGAAUGAUGGAGCUGCCAGAAUCGUGAUUGACCGUGAUAACUGUGUGAACGUGCAGGAUGCUGCACGGCCGUUUCGGAUAACAUACAAUGUCUAA